GGGAGGGACCUCGGCCGUCUCCCACUAAAGACAGACGCUUAUAAAGCAGCCCGGAGACGAGAUCGCGGCACACAGACCCCCAAACGGCACCGCGUGGAGCAAACUAAAUAAAUAAAAGAAGAAGAAAAAAAAAAAAAAACACGACGGGAGGCAGAAGCCCAGGCCGGAGGAGACGAGAGAGCACAGGGAAGGAAAGAAGGAAGGAAGGAGGGUGAGAACCAGUCAGAGACAGAGGGAAGCACCAGAGGUCCAUUUCGCCAGCAGACAUGCCCAACUUCGCCGGCACCUGGAAGAUGAAGAAGAGUGAAAAUUUUGAUGAACUUCUCAAAGCUUUGGGAGUCAACACCAUGCUGAGGAAAGUGGCGGUGGCGGCGGCCUCCAACCCCCACGUGGAGAUCCGCCAGGACGGCGACAAGUUCUACAUCAAGACGUCGACCACCGUGCGCACCACCGAGAUCAGCUUCCACAUCGGGCAGGAGUACGACGAGGAGACCGUGGACGGACGAAAGUGCAAGAGCCUCGCCACCUGGACCUCGGAGAACAAGAUGUACUGCAAGCAGACUCUGGUGGACGGAGACGGCCCCAAAACCUUCUGGACCCGGGAGCUGAGCGGCGAUGAGCUCAUCCUGACCUUCGGGGCAGACGACGUUGUGUGCACACGGAUCUACGUCCGGGAAUGAAGCCGCGGGGACCUUCAUCAGGACCGAAGGAGCGCAGCAAACACGCUUAAACCCCACCAACACGCCGUCAUGCUAACACGCGCUUGCAGAGCGUCCCGUGUAACCUCCUCGUCCUCCUCCUCGUCCUCCUGCAUGGUCUCCUGCAUGGUCUCCUGCAUGGUCUCCACGGGCCACAGGCAGCGCCUCUGUGGUCCGGUCCGUAGUCGUGAGUGUUGUGUGUCUGCAGUUCAGUGGCCGGAUAUCAAAGUGCCGUCAGCUGUGUGCGUAGGAUUUAGUCAUCGGUUUGCACUGAUUAGGUGUUUGUGUUCGAAACAAUAAAAACACGGAACAAACAACA